AUGAAGGACCAAAAGCAAAAGAAGGCGCAGAGGAAUAGCAUUAGAGACUUUUUUGCCCCAUUGUCCAAAGACACUACCCCGCGUGCCACCACUUCGACUAGUACCGUGCCGCAGAAAAAAGCAUACAAUGCGCCAACACCUUCACUUGAUCCCACUGCCCUAAAAUCCUCUGAAGUCACACAACCUGCAACAUCCAAUGCCUCCAACACACCGAACCCCUCCUUCAACUCCAAUGCGCCUUCUACUGUGACAGAUGCGCUGCCCUUCAACCCCUCACAGACCUCGGCCCAUUCCGCCACCAGUAGACGCAUAAUCUCCCAUGGUCAGCAAGUCGUGCUCAAUUCCGAUUCCGACGACGACUCGCUUCUAGAUGUCGACUUUGGCCUGGGUGCCAAACCCACUCCCAAACCUACGACCACCGUCAUAACCACCCGCUCCAAACGCAGGUCAGAAGAUGAAGACGAACAGCUGCGCAAGCCGGAAAAGAAGUCCAAAGUCGACAAGCACAAGUUUGAGACUUUCAUACAGACGGUCCAGCAGAAGCUAGAGACAGAGCAGAGGAUCAAAGAGCGCAAAGCUGCCCUAGAAGAGGCUGACGAGGAGCCUGUGAACAACACCACUACAAUUACAGAGCACGCGUUGGGCCAAGUCGUGCAAGAUGAGGAUGACCCCGACAAGGCACAUCGCCUUUUCCUGGCAAUGCAGAGGACGAAUGCCAUGCAAAUGCAAAGCAUCUUUCACUUUUUUGGGGAUCCUUCAGACUCAAUUCCAGUGCUAUCCAAGUUCCCUACUAGGAGUCUUCCUGGGCAGCGUUGGGCUCGUAGUCUCAAAGAUCCCAGUACUAGAGAUCAAGCCUUCAUCACUGGCUUUGUGGACCAAGUUUUCCGCAUACAACGGCUGCCCGAAGAACUUGCUUCUUGGAUGAUCGACCAAUUUUGUUCCAACCACAAUGAGUCACUCAACGCCCGGUAUCUCGAUAUUCUUGAGUCCCAUCACGAGCAUCUAGAGACUUUACUCGGUCCAGAAAGGUUGUAUGUCUUGUUUAAAGCAAUAGGUGCCAAUAUGCAUCAACUCGACCACGAGACUGAACUUGCGCCAACGUCUCUGCCAAAGUCCGAGCAUAGUCUGCCGCUUCCUCCAACCCUCAAGUCGCUUGCCAGACUACUUGAAGGAGCGGCACCAUGGCUACGCACCAAGGCUCGGGGUCAUGCGCUAUUCAUGUUAUGCCAUGUGUGUUUAGACGACCGUGUCGUUGCAGAUUCCGAAGUACUUUGCGCCAUACAGGACGCCAUAGAAGCGCUGGUCUGCCAUUUUGCCGACAACUAUAGGCUGAACUCUGCUGUAGGAAGCCCUCUUCUACAAGAUGUUCAGUCCCUAAUCUCUUCCCAGCUCAGCGACAUCAUUCCUCAACUGCUCGCCAAAGUGACACAUCCGACGUUACAAAGAAACUUAAUCUGUGCCUUUCCAGCAAGGUCUCCGUUGACAGCAUAUCUGCAGCGUCAUUUGGCUCUUGCGUUCCUCGUACAUCCCGUUUCGGUCGAUGUACCACUCGCAGAUCCAAAGGUGUCAGAUAUCUUACUUGACCAUUUGGACAAAUCACCAGACUUCCGAGUAAACAGGGACGUUGACUACAGUCUUCUUGCAGCUCAAUUCACUCUGCUCGACAUUGCCAUAGGACCCGGACUCUCAACCGUACCAUAUCAGCCACUACUAAGUCCAACACCAUCACAAGCAGGCUCCUCUCCAACCAGAGCCCUACUACCAGCAACUUCCGAAGUCAAGAACUUCAACAAUCAAGUCGACACACUUGCUCGACGAAUCAAGCUACUGGGAAACUCCAUCAUCGAGAUUGGUGCUGGAGAUUUGUCGAUUCUAGAGACCAAGGACUGUAUAGAGCGGCUAGUUGCGCGACUGGAGCACUCUGUGAGAAUUGGCGGGAAGAAGGUUCACAACGUGUUUGGCACCGAUGAGGAUAACACACAGUCCAAGCUGAACAAGUUUUUCAAAAAAGCAUUGAAGCCCACUACCCCAACACCAUUACAGAGCAUAUUCGACGAGGGUGAGGGUGGCGCUUAG